UGGUAUUCAUAACCGACCCUUUGCAACAUAUGCUGGGGAGUUUAGCGGACUUCAACUACAUUCCCUAUGGGGUGUACAGGAUUGCUAUGAAACUUAGAUACAUUCAGAAGAAAACUAGACUGUGUCAUGUAACUACAGAUAUGUGGAAGACAGUGGUAGAAGAACACUGUCUUGAGAACCCUAACUUAGUAUUGCAACCAGCUGAGAUUAGCUCUGUUGUUACGUCCCUUCUCCAGGCUGUUGCACAGGAGGUGGGAGACGAGGUAAUGAUAAACGAGGAUGAGUGUGCUAGAUUGAUGUUAUCUUGGUUUUCCAUCCUCUACCCUCAAUCUGCCCUCACAGCUCUUCAACUGAAUAUUCCUGUUAUCCUUUUGUGUAACUCUGAAACUAUUGCCAAACAUCACCUACUAUUCGAGAUGACGAGGAUGUCAGGGUACGAGCUAACACACAAGCAGCUCUCUCACAUGUUACAUCUCUCUUCUUAUCUCAUCUUGUCAUGUGGCGAGAACACUUCACUAGGUUCCAGUGGUAGUCAGACUGUAGCACAGAGCUGCUUCUACUUCAACAACAUGCCCCUACACCGCGGUGUUACACUACAACAGUAUGAGAGGUGGAUACUAUCAGAACCGGAGUAUUUAGCCUGGGUUCCUACUCUAUACAGACUCAACAUAUCUCAGCACAUGAAGCACGAGGCUAAGUGUGGAGCGUGUAAAUGCUACCCUAUACUGGGGCUAAGAUACCGCUGCUUAAAGUGCGUCAACCUAGACCUCUGUCAGGAAUGUUUUCUGAAAGGGGAGGUGUAUAAAAACCACGACGAAACUCACCCCUUGAAGGAGUACAUCAGACAGGGCACCAAAUCAGAGAGUAUUAAAGACUUGACCGCAUUGGUAAAAACAUACUUCAGACCCAAAUCCAGCAAACCUUCCACAAGGGUACCCUCAGAAGGCAGACCUAAAUCUACCGUGUCUCAGUACGAAUCAGCGGGAGACUACGAGACCAUCACAACAGAGGACUGGUUUGCACGGAAAGGGAGACUCCCUCUCCAGACUCCCCUGCAGUACACAUCCUGCCCUGCUCUUCAGGUUACUGAUGAGAAACACAUGCUGCUCCUUCAGCAACAAAACAACAACCUAGCCGCGCAGGUGGACAGGUUGAGAAAGGAGGUAGCGAUGAACUCUCCGCCCCCUUACCAUACCCAAUCAGAAGUUAUGAGCUUAGCACAGUCGUCCUACUACGAAGCUAUACCAGAACCCGACAAUAGAAGCCACUCUCCUGGCAAGUUGCCAACUUACCCCACCAGACCCCUCUCUCCUCUCCAGACAAUAGCUGAGAUAGCAGACUCUUUCACUACUGACCUAGGACUCUACUCAGGUGAUGACAGAGAGAGACAUCCUGUUAUCAGUGGGGCAGGUAAUAUUGGGUUCGCUAUGGACUCAUUUCUCACUGAGAUGUUCCACAAAACUCCUUUCUUUUUAGCACCGCCCAAACCGAAGAGAACGAGUCCUAACCGGUCAAAAGCGUCCUCCUGUACCCCUCCUUCAAGCAGGAACAGUACUCCUUCUCACAGUGGCAUAGACAUACAGCUCGCAUUCGACCCUCACAACAAGACCCAACCGGCAUACUUGGUACAUCCUACCCAGCAGCCAAGAGGAGAAAACAAUGGACCACUAUAUCAGAAAAUAUACUCCUCAACACCUAAACUUCCCAAAAGACAAGUAAUGGAUAUUUCUUUCACCUGUUCUAGCGUUAGGAGCGACCAAUCUGGAAGUCUGGACGGAGUCCAGCAGAACGGGGACUCAAGAAGUCUAGAAAACGGAGGAGGCGUAAGAAACUGUGGAAGAGGCGAAGAAAACGAUAUAAGGGGAAUUGACAACGGUGGAAGAGGCGUUCAUAAAAAACAACUUAAAAGACUGUCUCCUGGCAACAACCUCUCCAGCUCUGAUCUCGACACAUCCGUGCAGGGCAGAAGGAGGAACUGCGACACAAACGGACAGACGGACAGACAUAGUCUGGCAGACAGCUCAAUAACCCGGAGUAUCAGAAAAGUGUACCAGCCUCCCCCACUUCUUCUCAGAGCUGUGGACAGUGUGGUGGAUGUCAGUGGAAGAGGCGCAGCUAGGGAUGCUGAGUCCUGUGGAAGAGGCGCAGCUAGGGAUGCUGAGUCCUGUGGAAGAGGCGCUGAGAGAGACUCGGAAUCUUGCCAAAGUAGUAGGCUGAGGAACUUCAACGGAAGAAGUGCACAGAGGAACAGAAUAUCUCGGAAUUAUCGAGGUUCAAUGGAUCUCAGCAUAUACGCAGACAAUUCAGAUACCGGAGGAAGCUGUGCUCUCUACAAUUCAUCCAGCAGAAUAUUAUCUUCAAAAUAUGUUGUUUAGGAAAUUCCACAUUUUAUAUUUCUAGAUAUUUCUAGAUCGAAGGCAUUCAAAUUAAUUAAGGCGCACACUAUAGUCUAUAUCUCCACAGAAAGCACAUCAAAUUUUGAAUUUGAUAGUAUAAAAUAGUUAUAUAUAACUUGCUUAAUAAUAAUUAUAAGUUGACGUGUGCACUGUGCCGACCAAAAUUGAACGGGGAAUCGUUUAAGCUCCCUUUCUAGGCACCUCGACAAAAGUUACUGACGCUAUAUAUUAGAUAUUGUGCUUGGAUAUAGUUAUACAGUAGCGUAACGUUUUUGAGUUUGUCAUUCUCUUUCAAAAGUAUUCAAGUGAUUUGACGAUUUGUUUACCUAGCUUGCUAGUCUACAGCUCGCUCUUCUGUUCAUGUUAAUUGACGAUGUCAAUUCAUCGCAGCUCAGCGAGGCACAGUUAGCGAGGCACAAGUAGCGCAUCUCGCCGAUCUAGUUGUGAGAAGCCUCAUUGAGUGCGCUGCGCAGCACAGUAACGCAUCGCGCUACUUAAGUUCAUGAAGCUUAAAAAGAGCGCCACGCACAGGGACUACUACAAGUACAAGUUUAACGGGUGAUACUCGUAAAAUGUCUGUUCCAUAUAUUGGACGGCCGUCGACGAGUCCAACAAUAUAAACGGCACCGCGCCAAUUGUUUAUGGUUUACAAUUACAACUUAAUUAGAUUUAGAGAUUGCUGCAUCCUCAAGGAUUUUAAUUAUGCUUUACAUUUUUGAAGUAAGAUGAUACUUAUAUAACUGAAUUGCGAUUUGAUUUUGAACUCUUGUCAUUUGUAAAUAUGUAGCCUAGCUUAACUGUGAACAGAUUUACAAUUCCAUUUCCAAGUUAG